GGGAGCCCAGGGAGGCGACAGCCGGGGGCGCAGCCACAGCCUCAGCCGCCUCUGAGCGGCUGGAGGGAGCAGCGGUCCCUGCGCUCCGGCCGGCCAGUUUCCUGAGCCCCAGCCUCUCUCCGUGGGCAGAGAUCUUCCUCUGCGUCCCGCCAGGUACCCCUGGUCCGAACCUUUCGCGAAGACAUGGAAGAAUUUUUGCAACGCGCCAAAUCUAAACUGAAUCGAAGCAAACGCUUGGAGAAGGUCCAUGUGGUUAUUGGACAUAAAUCAUGUGACUUGGAUUCUCUCAUUUCUGCCUUCACAUAUGCUUACUUUCUAGACAAGGUCAGUCCACCUGGGGUUCUCUGUUUGCCAGUGCUGAACGUACCAAGAACUGAAUUCAAUUACUUCACCGAGACGAGGUUUAUUUUAGAAGAGCUAAAUAUCUCUGAAUCAUUCCACAUAUUCCGAGAUGAAAUUAAUCUGCAUCAGCUCAAUGAUGAAGGGAAGUUAUCUGUAACACUUGUUGGCAGCAAUGUGCUGGCCAGUGAGGACAAAACGUUAGAACCGGCGGUUGUCAAAGUCAUUAAUCCGGUGGAGCAGAGCGAUGGCGGCCUUGAGUUCCGAGAGUCUUCCUCUUCCCUUGUGGUGAAAGAGAUUCUCCAGGAGGCUCCUGAGCUCAUCACCGAGCAGCUGGCUCAUCUCCUCAGAGGUAGCAUCCUUUUCAAGUGGAUGACCAUGGACUCCGAGAAGAUCUCAGAGAAGCAAGAAGAAAUUCUCUCUAUCCUGGAAGAGAAGUUUCCUAGCUUGCCUCCAAGAGAGGACAUUAUCAAUGUCCUGCAGGAGACCCAAUUCAGUGCUCAGGGUUUAAGUAUUGAACGGACAAUGCUGAAAGAUCUGAAGGAACUGUCAGAUGGAGAAAUAAAAGUGGCCAUUAGUGCUGUGAACAUGACCCUCGAGAACUGUAUGUUUCACAGCAAUAUCAGCAGUGACUUGAAAGCAUUUGCAGACAAGUUCGGUUUUGAUGUCCUCAUCCUCCUGGCCACCUACCUGUCGGAGGAAGAGCAGCCCAGACGGCAGAUCGCUGUGUACUCCCAGAACCUUGAGCUGUGUAGUCAGAUUUGCUGUGAACUAGAAGAAUGCCAGAACCCUUGCCUAGAGCUGGAGCCCUUUGAAUGUGGCUGCGAUGAGAUCCUGGUGUACCAGCAAGAGAACCCUUUGGUGACCUGUGAUCAGGUGGUCCUUCUGGUCAAGGAAGUCAUCAACAGGAGGUGCCCAGAGAUGGCCUCCAACAGCCGGACGUCCUCUACAGAAGCCGUGGCAGGCAGCGCCCCUCUGUCCCAGGGAUCUUCUGGAAUUAUGGAGUUGUAUGGUUCUGACAUAGAGCCACAACCCAGCUCCGUGAAUUUCAUAGAAAACCCUCCAGAUCUGAGCGAUUCUAACCAGGCUCAGGUGGAUGGGAACAUAGACCUUGUCAGCCCAGAUAGCGGCUUGGCCACCAUUAGAAGCAGCCGUUCAUCCAAGGAGAGCUCGGUUUUCCUCAGUGAUGAUAGUCCAGUGGGAGAAGGUACGGGGCCUCACCACAGCCUCCUCCCAGGGUUUGACUCCUAUAGUCCUAUCCCUGAAGGAGCAGUAGCAGAGGAGCAUGCCCGGUCUGGAGAACACAGUGAAUCCUUUGAUCUCUUCAACUUUGACCAAGCGCCCAUGGUUUCUGGGCAGUCCCAACCAUCUUCCCAUUCUGCAGACUACUCUCCCGCAGACGACUUCUUCCCCAACAGUGAUUCGUCAGAAGGACAACCCCGCACCGAGCCUAAAGAAAUCAAUGGGCUAGGGAUGGACAUGUCUAAUUAUUCAUCCAGUUCACUUUUGUCAGGGGCCAGCAAAGAUAACCUUGUGGAAUAUGAUGAGGAGUUUGGUCAGAGACAAGAAAGUCCCCAGGAUCACUCUGAAAGAAAUUUGAGCCUGACAGUUUUUGUGGAAGAUAAAUCUCCUUCCCCAGAAAGGCUAAAAAAUAUUGGAAAGAGAGUCCCACCAACACCUAUGAACAGCUUUGUAGAAAGCUCACCAUCUACCGAAGAACCAGCUCUACUCUAUCCAGAAAAUGCGACCCAAAAAGCAAUAGAUGCAGGUCACAUAGGGCCACCUCAGACCCGUGCGAGGUGCCGCAGCUGGUGGGGUGGUUUGGAAAUCGACUCUAAAAGUAUUGCAGAUCCAUGGAGUUCCAGUGAACCCGAGUCUGUCUUCCAGAGCCCCGAGUCAUGGAAAGAUCAUAAGCCAAGCCCGGCAGAUAGGAGAGCCUCAGAUUCUAUAUUUCAACCAAAGAGUCUUGAAUUCCCAAAGUCAAGUCCCUGGGAGUCGGAAUUUGGUCAGCCUGGCCUUGGCAGCAACACUACUCAAGACCGAAAUGAGGACAAUUUGCAGUUUCAAAACAUGCCCCUGGAGAAAUCGAAUUUGCCCAACGCUUCUCCUCAAGGCACAAAUCACCUGAUAGAAGACUUUUCUGCCUUGUGGCGCUCUGAUGGCUCUCCCACAGCGAUGCCAGAGCCGUGGGGAAAUCCCACAGAAGAUGGCGCCCCAGCUGCUGCGGUGUCAUUCCCAGCCUGGAGCGCCUUCGGUAAAGAAGAUGGCGCCAAAGCUCUGGCAAAUACCUGGAAUCUGCACCCAACCAGUGGUGAGACACCUUCUAUGAGGGACCAGAGUGAGUGGGCCAUGGCAAAAAGUGGGUUUUCUUUUCCUUUGGAAGACAAUUCACCCAGUGAGGCAAAUAAUGAAGAAAUCUGGGGCAAGAAGAACCACGACCCCAGGGAUAACAUCCUUAUAACUGGAAAUCCCAGCUGUGAUCUGGAUCACACGUGGAAUAGUUCCAAGCCGACACAGGAAGAUCAGAAUGGUGUAGUGGAUCCAAAAAUUAGGGGGAAGGUGUAUGAAAAGGUCGAUUCCUGGAACCUUUUUGAGGAGGGUAUCAAGAAAGGAGGGUCAGACGUCCUGGCACCUUGGGAAGAUUCCUUCUUAUAUAAAUGUUCUGAUUACAGCGCAUCCAACAUGGGGGACGAUUCGGUGCCUUCCCCCUUAGAUACUAACUACUCCACGUCUGACUCUUACACUUCGCCAACAUUUGCUGGAGAUGAAAAAGAAACAGAAAACAAGCCAUUUGCUAAAGAGGGAGGCUUGGAGUCAAAAGACGCUAACUCUGCCACGGGGGAGAUGGAAAUACCUCCUCAGUCCCCAGAGCAGCCCCCUAGAAAUCGAAUUAGCUCAGGUCCUGGGAACCUAGAAAUGUGGGGUUCCCCUGAUGCAGAUAGUAGUUCUCAAAUAAAUAUGUCUCAUAACUCCGAUAAAGAUUUACUCGAGACAGAGCCCACAGAUGAUAAGAACAUCUCCCUGGAGGAUGACAUUGGGGAAAGUAGCCUGUCCAGUUACGACGACCCCAGCAUGAUGCAGCUCUACAAUGAAACCAACCGACAGCUCACACUUCUGCACAGCAGCACCAACUCCCGCCACGCGGUCCCCGACAGCCUCGACUUGUGGAACAGGGUGAUUCUGGAGGACACGCAGUCCACUGCGACCAUCUCCGAUAUGGAUAACGAUUUGGACUGGGAUGACUGCAGUGCGGGUGUGGCCAUCUCCAGCGAAGGCCAAGCACAAGGAUACAUGGCUGAAGGUACCGAACCUGAGACCCGAUUUUCCGUGAGACAGCUGGAACCAUGGGGUGUGGAGUAUCAGGAAGCAAAUCAGGUAGACUGGGAACUCCCUGCCUCUUCCGAGCACAGUGAGAACCCUCCUGCCAAUGAAUAUCACACCCUGAAUGAAAAAAGUGGGCAGCUAAUCGCGAAUAAUAUUUGGGAUUCCGUCAUGAGAGAUAAUGACAUGGCUUCAUUAAUGUUACCAGGGCCAUCAUACAUUACAGACUCUGAACAACACAGAUCACCUCCUGAAACUCCCAACUCAGCAGAAAAAAUUAAGGACAGUUAUACCCCAGGGCUGCUAGAAGCUUCUGGAGGCAACGAGUCAGGAACACUUGAUCCCAAUAAGCAGGACACAGGCAAAGGGACCCUGCCAAGUGAUGGGGCGUCCUGGGCAACCAACCUUGAGAAUCUGGGGCAUUUUGCACACUCAGAUCAUCAGAAAGGUCCUAGCUACAGACAAAGUGAAGGUGAGGAGGAAGCCCAUGGAGCUGUUGGUAGGGAGCACCCCAGUGAGGAGGAGAUGCUAGGUAGAGCCUCGGGGAUUUCUGGAAAAGGGCAAAGUGACCAGGAAUGCUCUUCCCCGGUGGCAUCUCAAUAUCAAGAAAUCUGUGACGAAUCAGGCAAAAUCAGCUCUCGUUCAGUCGGUUCCAGUCCUCAGACUAAGGAACCCCAGGAGGUUUUAGAGCACGAGAGGGGGCCUUACAAUCCAGAUCCCUGUGAUGGGCACGCAGAGGUGUCCACCAACAACUCACGGGCCCAAGACACCUGGGAAAAGCACCUCACGUAUCACAGAAAUUCAGGUGAAACCACUGAGAUUUCAGAUGGGCUGAAUUUAACAAAAACUGUAUCUUUACCUGAAAUGGAUCUUGAGAAAAAUGAAGAAUGUAACGUUCUGGAGCCAGAGAGAGUGAACCAAGAGCCACCCCAUGAAUGUCCCCAAAGCCUUGACAUUUGGGAUGCCUCUAUAGAUGGUGACGUGCAGGUCAAUUUACCAAGUUCUGAGAUAACUAAGAAUCUUGAAUUUGAGAGUACUGAAAACAGCCCUCCAGGAGCUAAUCCAUCAGGAAAUUAUCGCAGAGAUAGUAUUUCUAGUGAGUAUACACAUUCGAGUGCAUCCAGUCCUGGCCUAAACAAUUCUUCAGCUGCAUUGCCUUCCUGGGACCAGGGACCCAAUUCAGGGCAUCAGAAGCAGCAUCAAGAUGAUUGGAGCAAACAGAAUCACCAAGAAUCUGCACUAAUUACUACUGACAGCCAAGUAGAAGUAAUUACUGAAAUGAAGGACCCGGAGAAAAUCAGAAUGGACAGGUUGGAAAAGAGCUUAGAUCACAAGGUUUCUAAAUUUUUAGAGAUUUGGAAUGACUCCAUUGAUGGCGAUUCCUUUUCCUCUUUAUCCAGCCCUGAAACAGGCAGAUAUUCAGAAUAUUCCGAUGCCUAUCAAGAGAGCAAUCUAGUGGUUAGCCGUCAGGAGAAAAACGAGCAUGACAUUUCUAAAACCGUACAGCCAGAGGAUGCUAGUUUCAUUGCAACGAGCUCAGGUUCUGAUGACGACAGCAUCGGCGAUGAAGAGUCAGUGGAGAAAGAGAUCCCUUUGGGCACUUGCCAAGCUGCUCAGAGUGAACCCAGGGUUUGGGACUCACUGAAUGAACCUAGUAAGUCCCUGGCCACAGCAGAUCCCAAUGAUGCAUUUUCUGCCUACAGAGGCAGUUCAGAACCCACAGAGAAUAAGUCAACCCCGAUCUGUGACAAUCAACAAAACAGCCCCGAUCACUGGAAUUUCUCACCACUAAAGGAGACUGAACUACAGAUCAUAGUAGUGGAUAAGGAGAUGAGAUCUCUGGAAACAGAGAAGACAGGAGGAGAUACCCUAUGGCAAAUCUCCCCCCAAAGUGAAUCGAAGAAUGAGAAUUAUUCUAAAUCCGAAAUGCUUGGCUUCUCAGCCGAGAGCACUGAGUGGUGGAACGCCUCUCUACAAGGAGGACAACCAGUUGAGAGUGCAUCUGAAAGGGAAUUGCCCAGCUCAAGGAGUGUGUUAGAGAUGAGUUCUUCAGUGUACCAAACCGUGAGUCCCUGGGGAGUACCCGUGGAGGGUGAUAGCAAACCCAUGGAAACGCAAUGUACCAAUCCUUUCACAGAGGAACAUCAGUCACCCUUCCUGGAUGGCCAUGAGGAGAAAUCCCAUGAGCAACUUUGGAACAUUCAGCCAAGGCAGCCAGACCCAGAAGCUGAUCAGCUUAGCCAGCUGGUAAUAUUGGACCAAAUUAAAGAAAAGGAUUCCAGGGAGCAAAGCUUCCUGUCUUCUGCCAGUCAGGAACUGACUUCAGAAACUCCUACCCAGGAGCAGCAGGGUCAGAACACAGUGCUGUCCAUCUGGGAUCAGCCAGCCCCAACAUUUACUCACACAGAUGAAGACGGACGUGUGAUAUCUAACGUUUCGACUGUUGAGUGUCAAGAAACAAAUUGGUGGGAAGAAGGAAAAUCAUAUCCUGGUGAAAUAACGAAUUCAAGCAUUGCCUCAGAAGAUUUCCCCGCUGUCAGUUCUUCCAGCCAGUUGAUAAAGAAGUCAGGCUCUGAAUGGGAUGUCUCGACCCCUAGUGAGGGCCCCCAAGGCACAUUUGUCCCAGAUAUUUUACAUGGCAACUUCCAAGAGGGUGGGCAACUGGCCUCAGCUUCGCCUGAUUUGUGGAUGGAUGCUAAGCAGCCCUUCAGUUUGAAAGCAGAUGGUGAGAAUCCAGAUAUACUGACUCACUGUGACCAUGACAGCAAUUCUCAGGCUUCCAACAGCCCUGAUAUAUGUCAUGAUUACGAGGCAAAGCAAGAGACUGAGCAGCACAUCGGGGCUGGAGUGGGACCUGAAGCAGAAGCUGAUGACUUAUAUCCCACUGAGCCCAAGAUGGAUGAAGAACCCAGUCCGGAGCCUGGGCAGGACGUUGUCCCAUACGAUUCAGAACUGUCUUCUCAAGACGUGAUUCCACUGCCUCCCAUCAGUGAUCAGGGGAACACAAGUGGCUCAUCUCAGCCUGCCUCUCACAAAGCUUCCCCUGAACCAUCUGAAAUCAACAGUGGAAAUAAUGGAGGUUUCGAAGCAUCUGAGAAAGGAGCUGCCCCAGACGCAGCACCACCCCUGCAGCUUGCGGACAGAACAAUCCCAAUGAUCGAAAACGUGGGAAUCGGUGUUUUCGGAACUCUCCAAGAGCCAACCAUGGACAGCAACAGCUCGCUGAUGUCAGAGGGCUUUUCUCCCGAAAGUCAGGCAGAUGCGGGAGCCUGGUUGGACCAUGGGCAGCCUCUUACUACUGAGAAUUCUGCCACUGGUCCUGACGCCUUGCUAGCCUCAGACACUUGUCUGGAUGUAAGCGAAGCUGCCUUUGACCACAGUCUCAGCGAUGCCUCAGGUCUUAACACAUCCACAGGAACGAUCGAUGACAUGAGUAAAUUGACAUUAUCAGAGGGCAAUCCCGAAACGCCAGUUGAUGGGGAUGCAGGGAAGCAAGACAUCUGUUCAUCUGAAGCCUCUUGGGGUGAUUUCGAAUAUGAUGUCAUGGGCCAAAACAUCGAUGAAGAUUUAACAAAAGAGCCGGAACAUUUUCUCUAUGGUGGUGACCCUCCCUUGGAAGAAGAUACUCUGAAGCGAUCACUGGCACCCUACACACCUCCCUUUGAUUUGUCCUAUCUCACGGAACCUACUCUUGGCGUCAAAACAACGGGGGAGUCUGGGUCUCCAGAGAAUGAAUCUCUAGGGAGUGAAGCAGCCGAAAUACUGCUUUCUGCCCUUCCUGAUCAAAGAAGCAGGGAAAAGCAUGAAGAAACCCAAAACAGCCAGCCUGGACAGCUGGUUGUGCUACAUAUUCAUGAAGACCCUGAGUCUGAGUCGGCGUCUUUGCGGGAGGGAGCUGACUCCAACCUUGAGUUGUCUCCAUCAAACUUUGACUGGGAAGUAGAAACCGAUAACUCAGAUUCACCAGCAGGUGGAGACAUAGGACCACCAAAUGGUGCCAGCAAGGGAGUAUCAGAGUUGGCAGAAGAAAACGUAAUUCCAAUCAAAGAGCCUGGGCAGAUAACACCAGCAUACAGGGAAGAAAGGUACACAGAAAAGAAUGAAGGUCCUCAUGCAUUACACAUGGAUUACAUACUCGUAAACCAUGGAGAAACUUCACCCCGAACGCCCGAGGCCAGUGAAGCCAGAGAAAACACAUGUGAAUUAGGAAAGUUUCACGCAGGUUCUGAAGAAACAGGGCUGCCGGGAACUCAGUUAGCAGGCUUCCCAGAUUCCCGUCAGCCUGCCUCCUUAAAUGAAAGAGAAGAUGCUUCCGUAGACAGACUGUCUCCCAAAGGGGAUAAAAGAUCAUCUCUUGAGAGCCCUGGGCAAGACCAGAGCUGGAUGGUCUUGGGCCUUGGUGAGGUCGGUGAUCAGUCACUGGAAGCUAGGAACGCAGGGCCUGGAUGGUCUGGCAAGGUGACAGAGCUGACCUCCGCUUGUGGCUUGGGGGAGGGUCCCCACAUGCAGGUUCUAGGAGGAAUGAAGCCUCUGGAAUCUUUAGCAGUAGAAGAGGCCCCUGGUCUGGGCAGCCAAUCACGGAAGAUCAAGAGCCGAGGUAGGGCUGGCCCAGACGCAGCUCUGCGGCAGGCUGUCACCCAUGACAAUGAAUGGGAAAUGCUUCCACCCCAGCCUUCUCAGAAACACAGGAUCCUUGAAACGGAAAUGGAGGAGGAGACAGAGUUUCUGGAGCCCAGAACAAGGAAACUGAGACCAAAAGGACUGCCGUCAGAGGAUGUAGGCAUGGACAUCCCCUUUGAGGAGGGAAUGCCGAGCCCCAGUGCUGCAGACAUGAGGCCUGAACCUCCUAAUUCUCUGGAUCUUAACGACGCUCAUCCUCGGAGAAUCAAACUCACAGCCCCAAAUAUCAAUCUUUCUCUGGACCAGAGUGAAGGGUCUAUUCUCUCUGAUGAUAACCUAGACAGUCCAGAUGAAAUUGAUAUCAACGUGGAUGAACUGGAUACCCCUGACGAAGCAGAUUCUUUUGAAUACACUGGGCAUGAGGGUUCCACAUCUAACAAAGAUUCUGGCCAAGAGUCAGAGUCUAUUCCAGAGUAUACGGCAGAAGAGGAGCGCGAGGACAACCGGUUGUGGAGGACAGUGGUGAUUGGAGAACAGGAACAGCGGAUUGACAUGAAAGUCAUCGAGCCCUACAGGAGAGUCAUUUCUCAUGGAGGAGAUUCAGGCUACUAUGGGGACGGCCUAAAUGCCAUCAUUGUGUUUGCUGCCUGUUUUCUGCCAGACAGCAGUCGGGCGGAUUACCACUAUGUCAUGGAAAAUCUUUUCCUAUAUGUAAUAAGUACUUUAGAGCUGAUGGUAGCUGAGGACUAUAUGAUCGUGUACUUGAACGGCGCAACCCCGAGACGGAAGAUGCCAGGGCUGGGCUGGAUGAAGAGAUGCUAUCAGAUGAUUGACAGGCGGUUGCGAAAGAAUUUGAAAUCAUUCAUCAUUGUUCAUCCAUCUUGGUUCAUCAGGACAAUCCUUGCAGUGACACGACCUUUUAUAAGUUCAAAAUUCAGUAGUAAAAUUAAAUAUGUCAAUAGCUUAGCAGAACUGAGUGGGCUGAUCCCAAUGGAUUGCAUCCAUAUUCCAGAGAGCAUCAUCAAGUACGAUGAAGAGAGAUCUUAUAAGAGAAGUGUAAGACUGGAUGAAGAACUGAGGGAAGCAUCAGAAGCAGCUAAAACUAGCUGCCUUUACAAUGAUCCAGAAAUGUCUUCCAUGGAGAAGGAUAUUGACCUGAAGCUAAAAGGAAAGCCCUAGUUGGCCUCGGCUGGAAGAAGAGGACACUCUUCUGCUUUGUGAUUCUGCUGAAGCCUCUCUACCCAGAAGAGACAGGGCUGAUGUGACUUUUUUCCACUUUGCACUACCUGGCACCACUCUAAAUUUCUAAGGGGAAAAACAGUAAGGGAAUUUGUUUACCCUUCGCAUAUUUUAUGAAAUCGUGUGUAUUUUCCUAUUUUGCCAAUUACGUGCCUCAAAGAUUUCAGUUGAACCUUAGCAAGACAAUAGGACCUUCCAUUUCAAUAUUCUGUUAACCCUUGGUGCAAUGGUAUCUCAUCUCUCAGACGGGUGUUGACCUAUCAGAUACCUUCUGUCCGCUCUUAAUCACGAGUGGCUUCGUUUCCAGAGAUUGUCUGGAUUUCUCCUUGGCGAUCAUUUUAUGUUUAAAACACCCGGGGCUCGACGCUUCCUGGGCAAGGGGUCCCCCAUGGAACUCUGCCUUUAAAACCCUAGACUCGCUUAGCACAGCUGUAAGCCAGACUCGGGUGUGAAGCCACCAUCCGCUGAGUGUGCCCACUUGGUUCUUGGCCCCGUGAAUCGUCUCUGAUGUCCCAAAGGGACCCAGGUGUUCUAAUUCACAUCAGUUUUAUUUUAGUUAUCAAAUCGGGCAUCAUGUUUUCUGUGAAUCGGUCUUUUUAAAAAUCAUUAUUUCUCCGAUGGAUGCUGAAUACCUCCAUGCUGAGAAACUUAAGGGCUGAUGUUGGCAUUUUUCGGUAGCUAUCUGGGCUUCACGCCGUCAGCUUCGUUCAAAAUGUUACAUUGUAAGUACCAAGGAUUCAAGUGGAGGUGUCCCGCUCAGAAAUCAUUAUUUGGGGACCUUCAUUUCUCUAAAGUUCUCUCUCACAGGCGUCACAAAAAGCAAUCUGUUUUCAAUCGCUUUAAUCUGACCAGAGGUUUAAAAGGAAACAAGAGUGUCUGCUAUCAUUUGCAAAAUGCCUCUGUGUGGUCUUCACGUGCCCUUUAAAAUACCAACAUGCUCUCAAAUCUGCGGGCCUCUGGCAGAGGGCUUGGCAAAGCCAUGGCCGAAUUUAGCACAGCACCUGUUUUCACACAGCCUUGUCACUAAGAAUGGCUUUCACACUAGGGUCGAAAAAAAUUUUUUUUAAUAUUUCACGACAUACGAAAUUUAUUCAGAUUUCAGGACCCGUAAAGAAAGCUUUGUGGGGACACGGCCUCGCGAGCUGGUUCCCAGGCUCCCUGGGGCUAGUCUGUGUAGCAGUGGCAGAGUGGAACUGUGGCAGCAGACCAUGGGCCGCCAAGCCUAAGCUAUUUUACUGUCUUUAUAGGAGGAGUUUGCUGGGCCCUGCCUGCCCCAGCACACCCAUUCUCCCCCUCUCCCACCUAGGAUUUGAAUGUUUGUUGCUAUAACAGAAUGAUUUAUUCUUUAAAAAGAAAAUGUUGGCCUCCCUACUCAGUAAAAUAAAUCGUUGGCUGAAAAAGACAGGGAGUCCUCCCCACAAAAGCAUGGCUUGGGGUUUGUUUCUGUGACCCCAAGUGAAGCCUGCUUAGAAGCCUUUUGGCUGUUUUUACGGGUGUUGCCGAGGUCCUGAACGCUCUCUGGGGGCCGUUCUUAAUCUCCGGUAUCACCUGUUACUAAUAAGCUAGCAAUAGUAAAAAUGCAGUGGAGACCAGGGUUCCACCGUGGGUUUGGGCUGGUGGCUACAUCCAGGAGAGCUGUCCAGGGCACUUGAGUCCUGGCUUUCAGGCGCUUGCAGACACCUUGAGGUAGGCCUCUUUGUGCGGGGGACUGAAUGUUGCUGCCUCAUUCGCUUCAUGCCUGUCUCCCGCCCGCCUUCCAGACGCGCGCUCAUACACACAGGUCAGCGCUCUUCCCUCCAUAAGCCAUACUUAACCGAAUUCCCCUCUCUGUGUCCCUUUCAACUGAGUGUUUUGUUGAACUGUGUUCUUUUGGGUCUCCUCCCUCCUAACAUCUGUCUUGUCCAAUAGAAAAAACCCCAGAACAUACGCUGUCUCUCCACCCAGCUCCACCUUGGGAAGCCCAAAUUAUGCCUCUCCCAGAGCUCCGUGUUGACAUAAGACCAGUGACCUAAUAUCCCAGGUUCACCCAGGGACCACUGUUGCUCUGGUAUAGUUAUUGACAAAGCUCCCUUUUGCUCAGCCAUGUCCCAUUUUGGAAAAUGAAUGAAGUGGUCCCCCGAACCACAGGCGGGAAUGAAGAAAUCAGGGUUGUGUCGAGUUGGUUCAAGCCUGAGAACAGAGAGCUUCUGAUAGAAGAGUCUUGUUAUAUUCAACCGGACAUGGCAACAAUCUCACCAUUCACUUUCCCUUGACCCUGUCUAGCCUGUUCAUGGAAAACCGCUCAGGCGAUAUUCUGUUGGAAGCUUCCUGUUCCUACAUGGAAAUUACGAACCUCUCUUCCAGUCACUGAUUUUUCUCUGGGCUGUUCUAUGGGCUGCACCACUGUUCCGAUAGGCAUCUGCUAUUUUAUUACCUUAAAAAGACACCUUAAUUUAAGUGCACGUGCUAGAGAAAAGCCACUCUGUAAAUUCAGUCCGAGUAAAUAGAAUUCUAGAAGAAUCCUGAAAAAAAUAAUCCCUAAG